AUGUCUUUUCUUGGCGGUCCUGAGUGUUCGACAGCGGGCAACCCGCUUAGUCAGUUCGCGAAACAUACACAGGACGACAAAAGCCUUCAGCGAGACAGGGUCGUCAAUGGCGGCCCUCAAGGAAGCGCAGGCGGUUUCCGCAGUGCCCCCAAUCACGCCCCCCAGGACGAGAUGAUGAACGGCUUCCUGCAGCAGAAUGGACGAUUACCAGACAUGCCUCUCGAGGCUAUGAACCCGCAGCUUCGACUCGACCACCCGGCACAGGCGGUCCACCUGAGAGCCAACUCGACUUCGCCAACCUGGGCCAACGAGUUCCAACGCAAUCCUCAGGCCGCCAUGGAGUCGGCCUUCAAGGUACCACAAGGCACGCACUUUGGUCCGGAGGACUAUGCGAAGUUUCAGCAAAUGACACAGGUGGGGCCGUCAAGGUCGAGUCCUAUGCCCCAGGGCAUGGCAUACCCGGGGCCCAUGAUGGGAACGGGUAUGAUGAGUGGUAUGGGCAACGUGGGAAUGGGCUACGGUAUGCGCGGCAUGUACGGCAGCCCCAUGUACCAGCAGCCGCAGCAACAACAACCGGCGGCGGCACAGUCCAUGGACAAAGGCAAGGGCAAGCUGGUGGAGCUCGAUGACAACAAGUGGGAGGAGCAGUUCGCCCAGAUUGCGCUCGAGGACCAACAGGCGAGAGAAGAUGAGCAGAACAAGGCCAUGGAACCCGAGCUCAACAAGCUCGACGAGCAAAUCCUGCAAUCGGAAACCAACGAAUUUGGGGACUUCGAAUCUAUCUGGAGAGGCAUCCAGUCCGAGAAGAACGCGGCUACGGAGCAGCUCAACGAAGAUGAAUGGGUCAACAGGUUCAACGACGAGAACUGGCAGAAUGGCUUCGGCUGGGGCGAAAACAACUAUAGAAUCACUGGCGAACCCCAGGUCGAGAAUUACCUCUUCGAAGAAGACAACCUGUUCAAAGAUACGCCCAAUCCCUUCGACGAGGGCAUGCGGAUCAUGGAACAAGGUGGCAACCUGUCCCUUGCGGCACUUGCUUUCGAAGCCGCGGCGCAGAAAGACCCCACCCAUGUCGAGGCUUGGGUACAACUAGGAGCAGCACAGGCACAAAACGAGAAGGAAACCGCCGCCAUUCGUGCGUUGGAACAAGCUAAGAGUCUUGACCCUAAUAACCCUGGGGCGCUGAUGACUCUCGCCGUCUCCUACACGAAUGAGGGAUACGACAGCACGGCUUACCGGACCCUUGAACGAUGGCUCUCAGUCAAGUACCCCUCCAUUAUCUCCCCCGCCGACCUCUCUCCAGCCGCAGACCUGGGCUUUACCGAUCGACAACAACUCCACGACAAAGUCUCGAAUCUCUUCAUCAAGGCUGCCAACCUGAGCCCGGGCGGCGAGCAGAUGGACCCUGACGUGCAAGUUGGCUUGGGAGUAUUGUUUUACGGCGCUGAAGAGUAUGAAAAGGCCGUCGAUUGCUUCGGCGCAGCACUGCAGUCGACAGAGCAAGGCGCGUCAAAUCAGCGCUCCCAGGUGCACCUUCUCUGGAACCGAAUGGGUGCCACGCUCGCCAAUUCGGGGAAGAGCGAAGAAGCGAUUGCGGCGUACGAAAGGGCCCUUACCCUGCGGCCCAACUUCGUCCGGGCUCGGUACAAUCUUGGCGUCAGCUGUAUCAACAUGGGCUGCCAGCAGGAAGCCGCCAGCCACUUGCUCGCCGCUCUCGAUAUGCACAAGAGCGUCGAGAAGGAGGGACGGGACAAGGCUCGUGAGAUCCUGGGCGACCUGAGCGAUUCCCAGCUCGACGCCAUGACAACACAGAACUGCAGUACGAACCUGUAUGAUACCUUGCGGAGGGUGUUUAUGCAGAUGGGCAGACGGGAUUUGGCAGACAAGGUGGUGGCCGGUGUAGACCCUGCCGUAUUCAGGGGCGACAUCGACUUUUAG